AUGCUGAUGGAUACUUUAGAUGCGGUUGCUCAAAGUACUGAGCUAGGACUAAGUUUGUGCUACGAUGUUCCCUCGCAAUCUCACAUUAGACAUAUUUCCGAAGCUCUGGACGAAGGAUUAAACACGCCUGUUACUAAAUACUCAGACUCCACUUUCUUUGGACCAGACACACUGGAACCACCACCCAUUACAGCCACAGCGAAUAUCUUUGCUUCUAUCAUAACUGACAAGCCAAACGAUGGAAUACCACGGAUAUAUCCAACACAAAGUUGCACUGGCAGUACUGCUCCCACGUUUGCUUACACUGGAACUGUCACAACUGCAGUCACCCCCAGCACAUCACAACCUGACCUCAGCCACCAGAACUUGGCAUCUUUGUGGAGGUCACCGCUCUUCACAUUCUUAUCCCAGGCAACAAGCCAGCAAUCCACUUCCAGCUAUGGCUCUCAUCAAUUUGAGCCCCAGUUUGAGGCCUCACUUACAGGAUCUGAGUGUGAUUUCAACCUGGGCAUACUUUCAGCUUCAGUUCAGCAAGCAGGAUUCAUUAACCAGUGUUCUUCCCCAGUGUCUGUACAAUCCCCACAAUCUGAAGGACAAUUUACUUCAUCAGACUCAGCCUGUGCACAGGAUAUAUCAGAUCAUUAUUCAUCAGACUUCACUUCUCCAGUCAGUUCAGCACAUUCUACUCCAGAGCCAAAGCUAUCAAUCAUCACAGAAAGCCAAGAAGAAAACAUGAACUACAUUUUACCCCCUCCUCCUUAUUCCCAAUCAUUCAGUUCAUCUAUGGCAAUGGAGCUUGAGCUUGCUAACUCCAUAAGUAAACAGCCUCCGACAUACACAAGAAGCUGUUCACAUUCCAUGCAACAGCAGCAGGAAAUACCACCAAACUUUCUACAUUUCAAUUCUUCUAUUCAAGACAGUAUUUUUCAGAGUAUUUCUGAUUUAACUAAAAAAAAUCAGGAACCACAAACUGAUUUAAAGUGGGUUGCAAGUUUCAACCAAGACUGUCUUCCAGAUUUUACUGCUCUCCAAAUGUAUCAGAAUACUUCUGGAUUGCCAUCUCAGUUUCAGUUGCCAAGUAUCAAGACUGAGCCAGUGGACGAAAACUUGUUUAUGCAUUCUGACACCAUGGACUUUGUAAAUGCUUCACCGAACACCUCUGUUAGUUCAGGGCUGCCUUUAGUUCUCAACCAGCCCUACCAGGCUCCAUUGCCCGUGAAAGCACGGCCAAACCGUCCAAGUAAGACUCUGCCCCAUGAGCGCCCAUACCCUUGCCCUGUGGAUACUUGUGACCGCAGAUUUUCCAGAAGUGAUGAGCUCACACGACAUUUUCGAAUACACACUGGACAAAAGCCUUUUCCUUGCCCAAUCUGUAGGCGGUCUUUCAGCCGCAGUGAUCACCUGACCACGCAUAAAAGAACACACACCGGCGAGAAGCCAUUCUCGUGUGACAUUUGUGGCCGAAAAUUUGCUCGCAGCGAUGAGAAAAAGCGCCAUGCAAAGGUUCACCUCAAACAGCGCACAAAAGAAGCCAAACAUACAUCAUCACAAUCAUCAGCAGAAACAUUUAGUUCAGUGAAUCAGAUGGACAGUAUUGCAAGUACAGAAUCUCUGGUUGUGAACUCAUCUUCUUAUCCACCUUCUUCCAUACCAUCAUUUUAA